AUGAAGACCAAAGAAUAUGCUGAGCAAAAACACCCCUUCGGUCAAAUUCCUGUUCUUAUCGAAGAUGAUGGCUUCAAGCUCUUCGAAAGUCGCGCGAUCGCACGUUACUUGAUUGCGAAACACGCACCAGACAGCAAGCUCAUCCCGAAAGACCCCAAGGAGAACGCGCUGUUUGAGCAAGCGGCGUCGAUUGAGAACAAUGACUUCUACCCUUCUGCCGCCGGGUUGGCUGCAGAGAAGGUCUUCAAGCCUUUCAAUGGCGCACAAGGUUCCGAUGAACGUGCCGCGGAGCAUAUCUCCACACUGGAGAAGAAACUAGAGGGAUACGAGCGUAUCCUUGGCAAGCAGAAGUACCUCGCUGGUAACGAACGCACACUCGCUGACCUUUUGCAUCUUCCAUACGGCACCCUCAUUACGGAGCGAUGCGGUUUCAAGGGAUUCCAAGCAACUCCUAACGUUGCGCGUUGGUGGAACGACAUUUCAUCUCGUGAUAGUUGGAAAGAAAUUAAGCUGAUGAUGCUGGAGUUCUUCGCAAAGAAAAACUAA